CUUGCACACUUGGCCUCACACACAGCCAUCUGCUCACUCACCCUGGCACACUCAGCCCCAACCCACCUUGAACAUUGACCAUCACACACUCCCUGGCACACUCUUCUCACCCUCAGUUUCUACCACCUCUCCCUGGGCAAUAUUGCCAGCCCUUCCCUCAUCCCAGAGCUGCAGCUCUGCUCUGUCACUCACCUCAAACCUGCCAUGUCCCUGGGGCAACUGAAAUUCCAGGCGGUGGGCGAAGAGGACGAGGAGGAUGAGGAGGGGGAGAGCCUGGACUCCGUGAAGGCACUCACAGCCAAGCUUCAGCUGCAGACUCGGCGGCCUUCAUAUCUGGAGUGGACAGCCCAGGUCCAGAGCCAGGCCUGGCGCAGGGCCCAAGCCAAACCUGGACCAGGGGGACCUGGGGCCAUCGGUGGCUUCGACUCAAUGGACUCCGCCCUUGAGUGGCUCCGACGAGAGCUGCGGGAGAUGCAGGCGCAGGACCGGCAGCUGGCAGGGCAGCUGCUGCGGCUGCGGACCCAGCUGCACCGGCUGAAGAUGGACCAGGCCUGUCACCUGCACCAGGAGCUGCUGGAUGAGGCCGAGCUGGAGCUAGAGCUGGAGCCCGGGGACGGCCCGGCCCUGGCCCCACUGCUGCGGCACCUGGGCCUCACGCGCAUGAACAUCAGCGCCCGGCGCUUCACCCUCUGCUGAGGAACACCUGUGGGCCGCCCCUCCCCCCGCCUCCCCGCCCCCUCUCCCACUGCCGCUUCCCCUGCCUGCCUGACAAGAGGGAAGGGAGGGGUGCCCCAGAGGCACCAGCUCCCGGCGGGGGAGCAGAAUCAUUCAGGCUUCUGAGAGCUGAAUUCCAAGAGUGCAAAACCCUAGCAUCCUGUUUCCUCUGCUGCCAGCUGGGAGGGGGAGGAGGAGGAGCGCACACCCACAAACUCCUCAGUAAACGCCCUGUCCGCUUCCCAUCAA